CCGCCCUGCAUUGUACCGUGUGUCCUGCACUGCUCUACCGUGUGUGUACAUCCCUUCCUUGGACAAACAUCCGACCCCAUCGCCAAAUUAUUUCCAACACAACACAACCCACCCAGCACCAGUUCACACCCACGACAAAACUUCACGACAACACCUCGACAACAACAACACACAAACGACAACCUACGACAAUUUGCAAUCCCAUCAACCGUCAGCUCAGGCCACAACUUCACUGUUCGCUCGGUCCCAUUGAGCCCUCACCGUCAACCGACACUCACCUCAGCACCACAUGCGUUGAGCCACAACCCACCCGCUCCCGCCCUGAACACCAAGGUCACCCACGCAGCCGCCCACGCCAAACGGACACACUUCACGCCCACCAACCCUCCCACCACCACCAACCCCGAAAGCCAAAAACCGCUCCUCCGAAAAAUGCAAGCAGUCACCACAACGACUAGCUAGACACAACCUCUCCUCAGCCCAUGCACGGCCCACCCCGGCGUGAGCACCGCUUUAUGGCCUGCGCGCGCUUGCGGACGUCCUGCGCAGCACGCUGAUAACGAGGGGGGAACCUGAUCGGGGGAUUGAGUGGUAAUCAUUCAUGUCGACGCCGUAUAGCGGGGACAAUACCACCACCACGACAAUUCGGCACGAUGGAGACGACGGAUGGGACGCUGGCGCCGCCGGCGGUGACGACUCUGCGGGGCGCGGGCGCGGCGAUAGAGAGGACGCUGAGUGGGGAUAUGAGGAUGGAGAGGCAGGAUUUGAGGGAGGCGGCGGAGCAGACGCUGAAUGUGAUUUUGGAUUUGGGGCUGGAUGGGGUGGUGAGGUGGGUGAGUCCGAGCUGGACGGAUGUGAUUGGGACGGCGGUGGAGGGGGUGCAGGGACGAAGUAUUCGGGAGGUGGUGGAGGGGGGGGAGGAGUUGUUUGGGAAGGCCGUGGAGGGGAUGAGGGGGGAUGCGAUGAGGAGUCAGAUUGUGAGGUUUGAGCUCGAACUGGGCGAGGCUUCGAAAUUGCUGAGAGUGAGGAAAGGGGGGGGGGAGGGGGAGCGUGAGGAGGCGGAGGAGGUGAGAGAGACGGUUGAUUUGGAGGGGCAGGGGAUUAUGGUUUACGAUCGAUCGACGGGCGAGGAGAGCCAUACUAUGUGGAUGAUCAGGCCAUGGGUCGAACCGCGCGAACUCAAAAUCGACCUACCGAGUAUAAUCGUCGAGAGUUUGGGAUCCGGGGCAGAGGUGCUGGCCAGCCAUCUCAACAUGCUCGCUGAGGCCGGACUCGACGACCCGGCACACCACGCACCGCCUCCCCCGGUCCUCUGCCGCAUCUGCGAGCGACAAAUAGCACCGUGGUGGUUCGAGAAACACACCGAGCUGUGUCUACAAGAACACCAGGCCGAGAUGAAGGUGCAAAUAUGCCAAGAGAACCUUAUAGAACACCGGCACGCUAUUGUCAAGGUGCUGGAUGCGCUGGAGGCGAGAAAGAGCCGCCCAUUAUCUACAACCGAGAUGCCGUUAUCAUUACCACAGGCAGAAUACAAAGGAAUGCCCAUCGGUCCCACCUCGCAGCCCAGCUCAGCAUCCGGCAGCUCCUCUCCAGCACCCAACAGGCCAUCGCGCGAUCCAUCGGCGUCAAAAAGCAACCACACACGCGCACGCUCCUUCGCCGUACGCCGCCCACAAGCCCGUAUCGUCGAGCUCCUCCUCGAUCUCUGCGACACAGCCAUCGAGAUCGGCACCCCAGCCAUCAAAGAGGUGUCCUCCCAGAUCGGGGAAUUCCGCACCCAAUCCCCCGCCUCCGAGUCCCGCGUCUCGCAGGUCCUGCAGUGGCAGUCUCCCAGCACGAACACGCUCGACCAGGAGCAAGGGCUGGCGCUGCUGUGUGCAGAUAGCGAGAAGGCGGCUAAGGAGAAGGUGGAUGCGGUGCUGAGGCAUCGUGGGAUCUUGGAGUAUAGCGAGAGGAUCCGGGGGGAGUUUGCGCUGAUUGUGCAGGAUUGUAUUGAUGAGGCUGUGAGGAAGGCGGCGAGGUUCGCGGCGGGGCUGGAUACGGAUUCUAUGGAUGAGGAUGAUGAUGUUCCGGAACAGGAUGAUAGUUCUUUUAGAGGGUCGUUUGAUGGGCCGUCCACGCUUGCGGCUGCGCUGCGAGAGGCUGAGAUGAAGCUCCACGAAGAAAGGCAGAGCAGCUCUUCAAAAGUUGUCUCCACCACCGGCUCGAGUAGUCCAAAAGAGUGCCCCACGCCACGCUCCCACGCAGGGACUCUAAGCAUGCUCACACAAGCACGACACUCAUCCCGCGCCUCUGCCGGUCCCUCCCGCCGCGGCUCCCUCUACUUCGAGAGCGGUAACGAUGACAGCGAUAGCAGUAUCCGCUCCUCGUCCGUAAUGUCACGCCCCGCGCGCAUCGAAUCACCCGUCUCUGAAUUCGGCGACCUACGUCGCGCAGCUAGCUCCCGACGGCGCGACCGCCACAGCAUGGCGCUCCCAGGCCGCCGCUCCAGCUCGCCGCAGCGACAGGAAUCGCCGUCGCGGCCGGGUGGAGGCAUCAGCUCGUCGCCGUUGCGGAUCGCGAAACCGCGUUCGCUGGCAACGGGACAGCAGGCGGUGAGAUCACCUGUCACGUCGCCGCUGUUGAGCUAUCACGAGUUGGCGUCUCCGUCGCUGGCGCCGCAUCACCACAGGCGGCAGUCUUCGGCGACGGGAUCCGUGCCUCCUCCCUCGCCACGGCUGAAUUCGGCGAGUGUACCGCAGGCGCGUGCGGUGCCGCCGUCGAUCAAGGAUUUUGAGAUUAUCAAGCCAAUCAGCAAGGGAGCGUUUGGGAGCGUGUAUUUGUCGAAGAAGAAGUCGACUGGGGAUUACUUCGCUAUCAAGGUAUUGAAAAAGGCAGAUAUGGUGGCCAAGAACCAAGUUACGAAUGUCAAAGCCGAGCGCGCUAUCAUGAUGUGGCAGGGCGAGAGCGAUUUUGUGGCUAAGCUAUAUUGGACGUUCUCGAGCAAGGAUUACUUGUAUCUCGUCAUGGAGUAUCUCAAUGGUGGCGACUGCGCGUCGCUUAUCAAGGUCCUCGGUGGGCUGCCGGAGGACUGGGCGAAGAAAUAUCUUGGGGAGGUUAUCCUGGGUGUUGAGCACUUGCAUAGUCGCGGGAUUGUGCAUCGUGACUUGAAGCCGGAUAACCUGCUCAUUGACCAGAAGGGACAUCUUAAGUUGACUGAUUUCGGACUGUCGAGGAUGGGUCUGAUUGGUCGGCAGAAACGCGUUCUGAGUAGUGCUGGCAGCGAGCAGGCGCCGGAUCUCCUGAAACAGGGGCCGUUUGCGAGGGCGUCGUCGCUGGCGUCGUCGAGAUCGACGUCGUUUGAUUUCCAGAGCCAUCAGUCCCCUGGCUCGACACCGAUGAUGACGCCUGAUCUGGGGACAGCGAUGGGGCAGCCGUCGUACUUCAGCUUGACGCGUGAGAAUAGCAUGAGCCGCGAUUCGCGACAGAGCCAGCGUAGCGAUAGCGGGGGAAGCGAUACGCUCAGCGCCAUGUUCAGCAGUUUCUCGCUCAACGAGCCUCAACAAGCGAGUCCGCGACCCAGGGAGGGCGAGGAGAACGAGAGCGAGCGGGGCUCGCCAGACAUGUUCAGCCUGCAGAAUGUGAACAGCCACUCGAGCGUCGAUACUAAGAACACGCCCCCGCAGUCUAGCAUGAUGCCACCACCCAUGGCACUGUUCGAUCCAGAUGACAAUACACGCCGUUUCGUCGGGACGCCGGAUUACCUCGCGCCCGAGACGGUGAAGGGCGAGGGUCAAGACGAGACGAGCGAUUGGUGGUCGGUCGGGUGUAUUCUGUUCGAGCUGCUAUACGGAUACCCGCCCUUCCACGGCGACACGCCCGAGCACGUCUUCGAGAACAUCCUCGCGCGCAAGAUCUCGUGGCCGAGUGAAGACGAGGCCGAAGUCUCUCAAGAGGCUAAGGACCUCAUGAACGCGCUCCUGUGCAUGUCUCCCGCCGAACGCCUCGGUGCUAAUACCGACGAGAAAUUCAGCUCCGGCGCCGAGGAGAUCCGCAACCACCCGUGGUUUGCGGAUAUUAACUGGGAUACCCUCCUCCAGGACGAAGCGCAGUUCGUACCGGUGCCUGAAAAUCUAGAGGACACCGAGUACUUCGACAGCCGCGGCGCGACGCUACAAUCUUUCGCUGAGGAGAUGGAAGAUCAAAUCUCCCCAGCCGCCGCUACCGCCUCGCCAGAUUACCCGCCCGAGCGCCCACACGACGCGCUCUCGCGCGUACGCACGCAGAUAAACUCCAUGAAGCGCGGUCUAAUGCCCCUCCACAUCCCACCCCACGUCCGGGACCUCAAGAGCCGGCGUCUAAGCGAGCCCGUCGUCGCCGACGACUUCGGGAACUUCGCAUUCAAGAACCUGCCCGUGCUCGAGAAGGCAAACAAAGACGUCAUCCAGAAACUGCGCGCCGAGGCCAUCGCAGCACAGAGUAAAGCCGCAGUCGUCAGCCCAGUCUCGACGAGUAAUAGUACCAUGGUAUCACCCUUACCAGCACUGGAGGGAAGUCCCCUGAUGCUGUUGCAGCGUACGAUGUCGAAUGCGAAGGCGGGGAAUCGACCGUCGUCGUCGCCGUCGAGAAAGUCGCAGCCGUCGCAGCCGUCGUCGCCGCUGCUGGUGUCGUCAGUGGCGGGGCAACAGCAGAAUGGCGAGGGGAAUGGGCGCAUGAAGACGUCGAGCACCUCGUCGAGUCUGUCUCAGCAGCAGUCUCUACAACCGGGUGGGUGGUUCUUCGAUGUCCCGCGGAUUUCGCCGACGUUGCAUAAAUCUGGUAGUGCGACGGUAUCGACCUCGCCGAUUAAGACGCGUGGGAUCCCCGCUUCGCUGGCUCUCUCACCUGCCAAGGCAGCGGGACCACAUAGUACGCCCGGCCGCUCGCGCUCCCAAACCGUCGGCUCCCAAGAGAGCAGCCCCAUUUCAGUCGGCGAUCUCUUCUCGCACCACACGCGCCGCAGCCAAGUCUUCGACAUGUCCCCCUCCUCCUCUGACAACGAAGGCGACAAAGCCAACGCCCUGCUCCGCGUGCAGCGCCGCCGGCAAUCCUCCCGCCGCCUCUCCCAGAUCAACAUCUCCGACGGCCCGGUGUUCCGCCCGCUGGACGUGCUGAUCUGCGAGGACCACCCUGUGUCGCGGAUGGUGAUGGAGAAGCUCCUCGAGAAGCUACGGUGUCGCACUAUUACUGUCGCGGAUGGCGCGGAGGCGACGAGGGUGGCGAUGAGUGAUAUCAAGUUUGAUAUCAUCAUGAUGGAGUUUAAGCUCCCUUCUGUCAAUGGCGCGGAUGUGGCGAGGAUGAUAAGGAGUACCAAGACGGCGAACUCGACGACGCCGAUUGUGGCGAUCACGGGGUAUCUGAAGGAGCUGCAGCAGCCGCAUUUCUUCGAUGCGUUGGUGGUGAAGCCGCCGACGACGUCGAAGCUCACGGAUGUACUUUGUAGACUGUGUCAGUGGAAGGCCCCUGCCCCCGGGCAAGCGGUGCCGCUGCACUAUCCUAUGCCAUCGGGGUUGAGACAGGAAAGCUUGAGGCUGGAUGAUAUUCCGAGCUCUAGGUCGUCGGCGAGGUUGGCGGGGAGUUCGUUCCGUGGCUCCAGCCGCGGUGAUUCCAUCGGUUCCUCUCUCUUCGGCGACGAGUCCUCCAUCGCUACUGACGACGUGGCUGUUAUCACCUCCCGCAAAGCAACGGGAGAAUGGGAUGUCGACAGCGGUCUCGGAAUCUCUGAAGACGGCUCGCUCCCUCACUCUCACGAGAUCCCCAAACUCCUCCCCCACCUCUCGGCGCCUGCUUGUCUCGAGACGCAGGAGCCGCCUGGAACUCCCUGCCCUGUCCCGGCAUCCUUAUCAUCCUCAUCCACAAUCCUCAAACGCCCCCUCUCCCCAGCCCGCUUACGCGCAAAACGCGACGCCAUCCGCGGCAGCGGUUCCGCGCAACACGCCGACUCCGGCGACGACGAGGACGAAGAACUCGGCGAUACAUCUGUCAAAGAGCGGUCCCCCAAGGUUAAAUCGGGCGCUGGACAGAGAGGCUCGAAGUUGGGGACGGAGAUGAUGAGGACGAAUAGUCGGGGGAGCGUGGUUAGUGGGUUUGAUGUCCCCGGGGUGUUGGAUGGGAGUGGUGGUGGGAGGAGAGAGGAUGAUUUGCUUACGCCGCCGGCGGAGGAAGAGGGGGGGGAUAUGGAUGAGACUCCUAAGCCGAGGAGUUUGUUGGGGACGCCAGGGGAGGAGGAGACGCCGCGGCCGGGGAGGAAGGGGGGGUAUUUGAGUGUGGGGGAUGCUGAGGGGCGGUGAGGGUAGCGAAGGAGGGAUGAGAGGAGGAAAUUGUGACUGUGAUUGGUUUUAUUUACUCAUUUUGUUUGUACCGAUGAAGGCGGGGUGGGUAGCGAGGCGUUUUUUUUUCGGACUAGGAUGGUAUGGAUGGCGUUUCGGGGGUGGCGUUGCUCUAUCGACUGGGGCGACUGACCGAGGAGAGUGAGAGGAAGAGGAGAAGAUGCAUUACUGGCGUUUCAAACUCUCCACACCUUGCGUUGGAUUUCUCUUUUUUUCGACGACGAAUUUUGCGAAAAGACCUGUCUACAACUUUUUUUCCUGUGUUACUUACAAAACGAGUGGGGGAUGGAUGGAUGGAUGGGUAAUGGGUGUGGAAG